ACCUUCCAGGGUUGGUCCCGAGAGCCUUUAGGGAGCUGGGGCGGAGGGUCACCAUUACCCCCAGAGCGAGGGAGUGGCCGAGCUCUCUGAGGGUCCUCUGGCCCCCGUGGCUGUCCUCCCGCUGCAGGUGCUCUGCCCAGGGCCGUCGGGACGGUGGGCUUUGCUCCAACCCCGCAAGCCAGCGGCCAGGGGUGGCGGGAGGGUGAGGGCUGAGCCUGGUGAUAGCGGCCCUGCGGUGUUCCUGGGGAGCUCAGGGCACACUGCAGAACCUGGUUGGGCCACGUCCCUCCUCCGCAGCCAUGGAACUGACAGGUCUCAGCCGGUGCCGUACGGAUGAGCGCCUCAGUGCUGAGAGCCUCCUCGUUCCUCCGACCCGCUCCUUCCGGAGGCCCGACCGGUAACUCCUGCGAGCCGGGGGCCGGGGACACGCGGGGACCUCGCCCGGCGCUCCUUGUGCUUGGGCAGGCCGCGUGCCCCCGCGGAGUGAGGCGCGGGGCGACCCCAUAACCUGUUGUCUAAUUACAGUGUGUGUAAGUCCCCGGGAAGGAGACUGGCAGGCGCGCUGAGACGUGGCAGCUCAGCUCUUGUUUCAUGGUGAAUAUUGAAGACGCUAAUCCAGGCUAGGCCCCGCACGUCCACGCGGCGGCCAUGGCAGCGUACGUCCGCCUCGUAAUCUCAGCUCCCCGUGGCUGGUGACCGCUUGCGACCUCACAGCAGGCCCCGUGUGCGCCUCGGAGGGGCCAGGCCCCUUCCGAAAUGCCCGCGCCGGGGCUGUGCCGUGUAGCUUUGGCACGGGGUUUCCUUCUCGCUCGGACGCAUGCGGCCCGGGCGUGGCAGGGACGGGCGGGCCGCACUCCGGCCAGAGCGCCCACCCGGUACCCCCAGGCCUCGGGGCACCUGCAGACCCAGCGCCACCUUGGAGCGUGCGGGGGGUGUUGGGGUCCAUGUGCGCGCCUUCCCCUUUGUGCUGCAGGCAGUGAAGCUGCACGAGCAGGAGCAGAAGGAGGAGACGCUGCGGCUGCAGCAGCUGGAGGAGCGGCGGCGGCUGCAGGAGGCCGAGCUGCGGCGCGUGGAGGAGGAGAAGGAGCGGGCCCUGGGGCUGCAGCGCAAGGAGAGGGAGCUGCGGGAGCGCCUGCUGACCAUCCUGCUGAGCAAGAAGGCCGACGCCCCCCACACGCAGGACGAGCUCGGGGUCUCCCACGCAGACCUGCUGCAGCCCGUGCUGGAUAUCCUGCAGACCGUGUCGGCCAGCUGCGUGGGCGCGGCCUCCCUGCAUCCCCUUGUGGGCCCGGCGCCCCCCAGCUCCCCGAAGGAGACCCCGCCCCGUCUGGAGACCGACAGCACGCCGAAAAAUGUGAACGGGAGCGUCGCCGAUGAGGCCCAGUGCAAGGAAGGCCUGAAUUCUCGCCUUGCGGCAGCAGGGGACAGCUCCCCGGAGAAGAGGUGCCCCGGCGUGCUCUCCUGUAUUCCCGACAACAACCAGCAGCCCAAGGGCUUGCCCGCCGCCUGUGACCAGAACACCCCCAAAAAGGACAUCCGUUCUGAGCAAGACAAGUGCAACCGCGAGCCCAGCGGGAGCCGAGGCCGGGCCAGCGGGGGUCGGGGGGAAGACGACAGACACAAGCGGGAAAGGAGCCGGCCGCGGCGGGCUAGUAGCCGGGAGGACGGGAGGCAGCCGCGGAAGGAGCGGCGGCAGCACAAGAAGCACUCGCGCCAGGACGACAGCCCUCAGCAGCGGAGCGCGAGCCCCGACCACAACCGGUCCCGGAGGUCCCACAGCAGAGAGCGGUCCAGCCGGAGGGAGAGGAGCCGAGACCGCAGGGGCGGCUCGGGCAGGAAGCGCAGCCGCCAUCGCCGCAGUGACCGAGACCGGUCGCGCUCAGGGUCCCCCAGCCGGCACCGCAGUACCUGGAACAGGUAAUGCAGGACGUUCCCCCGCGCGGCCGUACAGCGAAGACCAGGACCCGUGGAGCUUCCUGGCUUCUCUUCUGCCCAGCCUCCGCAGAACACAGCCAAGGAGACACCGUGCAGGAGGGCCACGCAUUACACGUCUCCCUUCAUGAACAUCUGGUGGCCCUUUUGUUCGAACACGUAGUCCUCAAUCGCUAGCUUUAGUUUUCCCUUAAAACUGUUGAUCCGAUAGCUUUAAUGUCACCAAUUCUCUCUAAAUCAGGAAAAACGCACUGGCCGGCAGUGCUAAGUGCGUAGCCACCUUGUACAUGCACUGCAGCAUUUCUGUCCCGUUCAGGGACACCCCCACAUGUACUGACUUCAUGGGAGGCAUGUUGCACGUCCUUGGGCACAACUUGUCAAAUAUGGACAGCCAUGGUCCCGCAGGGCCCCCAAAAUAUGAAAAAGCCUUGCCCUGGUGGUGUUUUUUUCCUUUUUCUUUUGUAAUUUUAACUGAUGAUUGGGAAGCGCGGUUGGCGGGAUGCCAGUAGAACCCAGGAGUUGUGGCACGUUCCGUCACGCGUGAAGACAGUGCACGUCCUUAAGAUCAAAACUCAGACGUGCUGUCCUUUUAAGGUGUCGGUGUGUGGGGGGUCCUCCAGCAUGGUCUGAUGCUCUUUCACUUCAGAAACAUUCACGUUACAAACUGGUGAUUACGCGUUAAAAAAAAAAAAAAGUUGGUUAAAAGCUUUGGUUUCUAGUCAAGGUUAGCGUGUGUGGUUUUUUUAAGAAGCUGUUUUGCUAAAUUAUUUUUACUUGGAACGUUUCAAACAGAUUUAAGGCUAAAAACUUGUUAAAUUUUAUAAUCAUUUGCUUCUCCAAGUGAAGCUCAAGAAAUACUUAAAAAUAGCUGUAAUGUUUGCGUUAGGAAAGAUGGUGUUUAUUCCAGUUUGCAUCUUUUUGUGAAAUAAAAUCUUUUUCCAAUGAA